GUUCUUGUUGAAUGGAGAUUGACUGGUGGAGCUGCCUGGGCGGACUGGGUCGGACUGUUCACACAAAAAAGCCGGAAGCUGAACUCUGUGUGCUGUAGGUCCUCUUUUUGUGCAAGUUGAUUUGUGCAAGUUUGUACACUUUCAGAAAAUGUUUUUGUCACUUUAGGAUGACUUCGUGUAGACUUUUUGUUUUAAAGCAGCCUGUUUUACUGACGUCACCACUUGAGGGUUGUUGCAUGUUUCACUCAUGCAUUUAGUUUGUGUGGUUCUCUUAGCCCUAUAGAACCGUUUUAGUCUUUAAAUCCAGCACGAUUGUUGACGGAUUUAAAAAUGAUGCGGCUGCCCAAAGGCGUCUCCCCGGCGUCGGUUCGGCCGGCCAGCCAGCCCAAGAUGAAGGUUCUGGCUAGCCUCCCUGCUAAAGCUGACUUCUUCAGCACCGGCUUGUCUAGUCCGCCCUUGAGCACGGUACCGGUGGGCUACUUCAGCCAGAUCUACUCCAACACAACCACGGUGGAACAAAGAGCCCACAGCCUGUACUCGACCCCCCAUGGACCCGAAGCCAAGCCGGUCAGAUCAUCUACCGGACGACUGCCGGCUAAAAGGAAGCUGGAUCUGGAGGACCCCAUUUUCCUCCCGGAGUUUCGCACCCCUAAAGGCAAAGGCAGCAUUGCAGCAAGUCCAAGAACUCCAAAGUCACCGGGUGAGCGAACGAGAUACGACACCUCCUUGGGCCUACUGACUAAAAAAUUUGUGGGCCUCAUCGCGGAGUCUCCCGAUGGUGUUUUGGACCUGAACUGGGCAACUGAGGUUCUGGAGGUCCAAAAAAGAAGAAUUUAUGACAUCACCAACGUCCUGGAGGGAGUCCAGCUGAUCCGGAAAAAGUCAAAGAACAACAUCCAGUGGUUGGUCGGGGAUGUGUUUGAAGGCGGCGCCAGCGGAGGACAGAAGGCUCGAGCCUUGAAGAAAGAGUUGGGAGACCUGGAGAGAGCGGAGCGGUCCCUGGAUGAGCUCAUCCACUCCAGCGCCACCCAACUCAAACAGCUUACGGAGCACAAAGACAAUCAGAAAUUGGGCUAUGUGACGUAUCAAGACAUCAGAUCCAUCGCGAGCCUCAGGGACCAGACAGUUGUCGCCGUCAAGGCCCCCUCUGAGACAAAGCUGGAGGUGCCGGACACGGCCGAGGGCUCGUUACAAAUCUAUCUGAAGAGCAAGAACGGCCCCAUCGAGGUCUACCUGUGUCCAGAGGAGGGCCUCGAAGACGCCAGUCCUGUUAAGAGUUUAAUCACACCCGAAAAGCCUACUACGACCCCAGCGCCAUCACUGAGUCUCUGCGUCAAAGAAGAAAGUGUUGAAGAAAACGUGUCAACAUCAGCCACAGUUUCUUCCUCCGCCACUGCGGCAAACAGCUCCUCUCUACUGGAUGUGGAGGGUCUUCUGGGUUUGCCGCCCAGCCUGCUCCAGAUCACCGAGGACCAGCUGCCCGGUACGUCCUUCACUGCCGACCCCAACACUCCCUUUGUCAGUUUCUCCCCACCUUUGGACCACAGCGACUACCUGUGGAGCCUGGAGGAUGGCGAGGGGGUGUCCGACUUCUUUGACACAUACGACCUCAAUGACCUCUUGUGAAUGGACAUUUAGGAACAAACUAUGAUGCUUGUUUUACUGAUGCCAAGGGUUGUGUUUUUACUGCCUUAUCAAACUUGGCUGCAAUUCCUCUAAAUAUCUCAAUCAUCAGAGUUAUGCUACAUAUCACAUAACUGACAAAAACAGAGGGCGGACAGUGUUUAUAGCGCAUUUAACUCAGGAAUUAUGUCUUGCCCUUGCCCCCAAAAAUCUUAAUAUCAUGUCAGCAUUUGUCCCAUAGGAGGCAGCAUUGUACUGUUAGCUUUAAUGGCCGUCACCGUGCAGCUUUACAGGUUGAAAUCACUGGAAGGAAAUCAACUUAAAGCCAUACUAGAGCACUGAGCACACAACACAUGUCAACUGCAGUAGUUUAUGAAGUAUGUGAAGUUUUUUUCAACGAAGGUGCAUCAUUCUGACUGCACCAAUUGCUCAGCAGACCAGAUUUUGGACAAUAGUGAACAAAGGAUCUGUUUGGAAGCCUAGAUUCCAAAUUAUGUUUUUAUAAUUGCUUUAAAUGACUUAGUAAUGCACAAUUACUAUUGUAUUGUAUUUCUGAUGUUGUCAUGUUUGUUUGUUUUUUGCCCCUUAAUGCAUGUUGUGGUUAUUUCUUUCCUUUUUUAAAUUCAGAAUUUUAGCUGUUGAGUUAUUCCGAGACGCUCUCACCACUCGGAACUAUAAAGUUGAUGAUAUGGUUGACAUUCUUUCAGCUUUUCCUCUCAGCUGUCAGAGAUAAGCUAAACGGUCCUGUCCUAACAAAAAAUAGAAAAAACUUGAAAGUUUGGGUGUGAAUUUGACAGCAUUGGAAAUAGGUUUUAUAGUGUGUGCGUGUGUGUGUGUUUUUUUUUUUUA